UCCUUUUUCAAUUAAAAAGCUAAACUUCAAAUCGUCCUAUCAUUUUAGUCCGUGUAUGUUUGGUUACUGAAUCUGAAAAUUAUUAAUUGUAAAGUAUCAAAAAAUAUUAAUCAGUAAUAAAGAAAUAAUAUUAGGUUGGCAAGUUCUCAUGUCUCGCGAUCCUUUUGAACACAUAAAAUGGAAUGUCAGUCAAGCGAUAGCAAAAAAUUGUUCAAAGUAUUCGAUGCUUCGAAACGCAAGCGCACGAGGAAAAAGCGAGAGGGUCUCGACGAAACUAAUUCUGGAGCCACCGACGACUCUAACAGCGGUUGCCAAGCAAAUAUAUGCCGUAUAGCAUCUACGAAGGCGAGUCUUCAAAACAUAUCUCCUGCGCAUACCGUGGAUAUGAUGCAAGAAGGAAGCCCAGUUAAAAGAGAAAUAAGCAGUGCAUCCAUGGCAAGAUCUCCAGUGGAGGUGCACCGGUCAUCGCGUUCCCCACGCCGACACCGCAGACCGCCAAGAGAUGGAAUGUCAUUAGCGCUGAAAGCCGGCAUGGUGUCCACUCCAAGAUCCAUAUCGCCACGGCCGGAAGGAGAUACGGCUAUUGAAUCUAUCCCACGCGAUCAAGAUUCCUUCAUUUACGCAUUCUUAGAAGAAGCAAUCAAGAGGGAUAAAAAGAAACACCGCCACAGAAGACACGAGAGACGCGACAGCCGCGACCGCGACGCGUCCGUCACGCGCGAGCAUCGCCAUCAUCGCAAGCGGAGGGAUGACGUACCCUCCAGGGAACACGAAAAGCCUACGAAAGACGUGUCACCAACACCGGCAAUAGACCAAACCGCUCUUUUAGAAACGUUUGCGAAACUCUGCGCGCAGAUGAACGAGAACAAUAAAAACUACAAUUAUCCGAACGAGCCUCCGAUGGUAAGGACUCACAGCCACAAAUCUUUACAAUGUGAACCGGUCUCAAGAAGGGAAUCCUUCAACGUCGACAGGUGUCCAGAUCGAGUAAGGUGUACCCAACGUUCCAGAGAAGAUGUAGAACUUUCUAGAAUACGAAGCCAGGACAAUUACCACGGCAGAAUACGAAGCAGUGAGAAAAUCGAAGAUAGGAAAGAUAAGUGUGGCUGUUUUAACACAGACACUCAUAAAUAUAGCAGUAAAUUAGAUAUGACGAAGUCUAGGAUGCAUCAUGAUGAACAUUAUGGCGGGUAUCGCGAAAAGUCACCUCUAAGAUGCUGCGAUCACUACCGAAGACCAGAGAGAGACUAUAGAGACUAUGACCGAAGAAACGACGAAGAUAAACGAAAGUUUGAACAGAAAGCGUCUAGAAGUUUCGAAGUGCAUCGUGAUAAAUACGAUGAUGACAGAUACAGAAGAACUGCGAGGAGUGACAAGCGUUACGAUGAAAGAGAAAAGAGAUACGACGAAAAAGUCAAAUAUUAUGACGAUCGAAUCUACGAACGCGAUAAGUACAACAAAGAGCGAAGAUCUAAGAAGAAUUUGGAGCGAUUCGAACGGAACUCGAUCGCGUCACGCGAAGAUGAUUUCAGGGAUAGAUAUUCGGAGAAGGAAAGAGAUUCGGGACUGAGCGUAGCCGAUGAGACCAGUACUGUAAGCGGCAGGAGUAAUUAUUUGAGAGUUGUAAAGCAAGAAAUCUCUGAGCAACGCGAAGCCAUGGACAAAAUGAUGAAACUGUGGAAGGAGCUGAUGCGAUGCUUCAAAGGAAUGUCACAAACUCAGGGACAGGACAAGGCGGUUAAUGAGUCUGCGACGAACGCGCGCGAGUCUGCGGCCGCGCAGCUGCGGCUGUGGCGCGAGUGCAUGCGCCGAUAUGAGACUGUCGCGAGGGAUGUCGGCGACACAGACGCGAGACUCAUGGAGGAAAUAAACAAGCAGCGGUCCGAGAUGGCCGAGAUGGCGAACAUGUGGCAGGAGUGCCUGCAGCGGUACAGGGACAUGAGCAACGACUUCAACAGCCUCAAGCAAAAGUUGGCGACGUCGGAGAGUCCGUCCCGCAUGACGGCGGCGCCGCUCGCGUGCGCGGAGGGGGAGGGGCCCGCGCCCCCCGCGCCAUACAGGCUCCCACCCACCUACCCACCGAUGCCAGCGAUGGGCGCGUUUCCGAACGUGGGCUCCCCGCUGCGGUCGCGCGCGUCGGCGCCGCCCGCGUGGUGGUGGUGCGACCGAGCGCGCGAGUCGCCGCGCCGCCGCUCCUCGCCAGAGUCCCGCGGAUCCCGGGAUCGAGACCGGGACCGGGACCGCAGGCAUCGACAUAAGGAGAGAGAUGAACCAAGAUAUAAGGAGAAACCUUCGAAACCCAGUGCUGCGCGUUCCGAACACAGACACAGGAAGAGAUAAUGAGGAAAUCAGAAAAAUGAUUUUGUGGCAAAAUCUUUGUAAUAGCUUAUUGAAUUGUUAACUACAUUUAAACUUUGUUUUUAAAAUUUGUGGUGAAUUGUAAAGUAAAUGUUGGAUUUUAGAAAUGGGUUUACAAGAAAAUAUUUGGUUAUGUUUAAUGAAUUUAAUAAAUUAUUAAAAAUC